UUGUUUUGAUGACGGAAACGCGCACGCUCGUGCUAUUUUGCGUUACCUCACAGACGGCUAGUCAAUGGAGUCGCACGGUCACGCCAAUGCGAUAAUAUUAGUGACAAGCGAAGCCUCGGCAAUUAGCGAGGGCAUUUUUAGUUAAAGUACAGCAUCGGCCAUAGUUUGAUGCCAGAUAGAGUGCCAUGAACGGGGAGGAGUAGCCGAACGGGAAGCAAUUAGCAAAGGUUGCAGCUGUCGCGCCGUAUCAACACAAAGGCCUAUGUAGCUAGCUAGUUAGCAUUAGCUCCUCUGCUAGCUAGUAGCUGGUUAACGCCAUCAUCAGCUGCAGAAAAUAAACAGGCCUGGCACUUUUUAUAUUUUAUCUGCAUUUAAUCUAGUCCACCAUUCAGGCAGCUGUGAGCAUUGAUUUACUUUCUGCAACAAUGGCGGAACAGGGAGCAGUGGUCAUGCAGCAGAAUUUGGACAGGAGCUGCUGGGUGUGCUUUGCCACAGACGAGGAUGACCGCACGGCGGAGUGGGUGCGUCCGUGUCGCUGCCGCGGCUCCACCAAGUGGGUUCAUCAGGCUUGUCUGCAGCGCUGGGUUGACGAGAAGCAGCGAGGCAACAGCACGGCACGCGUGGCCUGCCCACAAUGCAAUGCAGAAUACCUCAUCGUCUUUCCCAAACUGGGUCCCAUAGUUUACGUGCUGGACCUGGCAGACCGCCUCAUCUCCAAAGCCGGCCCCUUCGCCGCCGCGGGCAUCAUGGUGGGCUCCAUCUACUGGACCGCCGUCACCUACGGGGCCGUGACCGUCAUGCAGGUGGUGGGUCAUAAGGAGGGUCUGGACGUCAUGGAGCGGGCCGACCCUCUGUUCCUGCUCAUCGGACUACCCACCAUCCCCGUCAUGCUGAUCCUCGGUAAGAUGAUCCGCUGGGAAGACUACGUCCUGCGCCUGUGGAGGAAGUACUCCAACAAACUGCAGAUCCUCAACAGCAUCUUCCCAGGUAUCGGUUGUCCAGUUCCUCGUAUCCCCGCAGAAGCCAGUCCACUCGCGGACCACGUGUCGGCCACGCGGAUCCUCUGCGGCGCCCUGGUUUUCCCCACCAUCGCCACCAUCGUGGGGAAGCUCAUGUUCAGCAGCGUCAACUCCAACCUGCAGAGGACCAUCCUGGGGGGCAUUGCGUUUGUUGCCAUCAAAGGGGCGUUUAAGGUCUACUUUAAGCAGCAGCAGUACCUGAGACAAGCCCACCGCAAGAUCCUCAACUUCCCUGAGCAGGAGGAGGCCUGAAGACGACGACCACGAGGGGGGGAGGGGCUACGAACUGUCAGUCAGACGGAGCAGGAAGCGGCGGCGGGAAAACCGGCCCUCAUUCCCUUCUCCGUGUCCACGUCCGCCCUCGCUGCGCCUCAGCCCCAUCACUCGUUAGGGUUCGGACUCAUCGCACAUCGCAUCGUCGCAAAAAACAACAACGCCGCGUAAGGACCCCCCCCCCACCGCCGCUACACUUUGUUUUUAAACUUUUGAUGCUUUCAGAUAAGCACUUGCGCUAAAACGCCUCUUCCUCCUGGAUCAGGACGGCGGCGCAGAGGGAACACGUGUCGGAACAAUCAACCUCGUCAAUACUCGUAAACUUAACUGUAUUUUAAGGAGGAAAGCGAAUGCGGGGCAUGUGUAAUUAGAGUUUUAUAAUAACGAUAAUAAAUGAUUGUUUUAUAAUGUU